AUGGUCGGACUCGUUUCGGCCGCCGGUCUCGUCGGCUUUCUUUCGGAGCCCGACCCAGAGCUCAAGGUCUUCGCCUUGAAGUCAUUAGAUUCUCAGAUCGAUCUGUUAUGGACAGAGGUUGUGAAUGCCGUUCCUGAGAUUGAGGCCCUUUACGAAGAUGAAUCAUUCCCCGAACGCGGACUAGCAGCUUUGGUUGCCUCCAAGGUAUAUUAUCAUCUGCAGGAAUAUAAUGAGAGUAUGGUCCUCGCCCUCGGUGCAGGAAAGCUGUUCCAGCUCGACAGCGGCGGCGAGUACGAGGAGACAAUUAUCGCCAAAUGCGUCGAUACUUUCAUCUCUCUCUCAGCCGCCCAACGACCUAGCGGUGGUGACCAAGCCGCCAACCUCAACACCCAGUUUCCCGCGUCCGGCGAUGGCGCUACCAGCACAUCCGCAAGCCUCACCUCCCCCAUCACACCAUUCUCCAAAUCCGCCCUGCCUUCCAAGUCCCUUCUUUCACGCCAGGAGGUCCCCGGAAUUGACGCGGCACACCCCGGUGGCGAUGACACAAGCGUUCAACAUGAGGAGACCUCUCUGGUUCUGAAGCGUGGUGUUCAGGGUCAACUUCAGACUGUUAUCGAGCGAUUGUUCGAGGAGUGCUUCCGCCAAAAGCGCUAUCGCCAAGUUAUUGGUAUCGCCAUUGAGGCAAAGAGCUUGGACGUGCUUCGCAUGGCCAUCCUCCGAGCCAGCGCUGAUGAGAAGAAGCAGCAAGGUGAAUCUCGCCGAAGUGAGGAGCUGAUGGAAUACGUUUUGGAUAUCUGCAUGGGAAUUGUCCAGGAACGGGAAUUCCGCAGCGAGAUUCUGAAACUCAUUCUCGAACUCCUUAACGAAAUUCCGGCCCCUGACUACUUCUCGAUUGCUAAAUGUGUUGUCUACCUGAACGAACAUUCGAUGGCCUCCGUCAUUCUUCGCCAACUUGUCGAGAAGGGCGACGCACGAUCUCUGGCUGUGGCCUACCAAAUUUCCUUCGAUCUCUACGACAACAGCACUCAAGAGUUCCUUCAAAAGGUCCGUCAGGAGAUCUCCGAGCUCGUGCCCGAGGACGAAACCGAGGAUAAGACUGAGGAAGAAGAGCCCAAGGAGUCCGAUGCGUUGCUCGAAGACCAAGACAGCUCGUCUCGGCCGUCAGGUGGCCAGGGAGAUGACUUGGACGAUGCUCAAACCGCCUUCAAGAGUAUUCUCGCUAUCUUGGAUGGUAAAAAGACCAUUCAGUUGAACUUGGAGUUCCUUUACCGAAACAACAAGGCCGACAUUUCAAUUUUGAAUAAGAUUCGUGACAGCCUGGAGGCUCGCAAUUCUAUUUUCCAUACGGCCGUCACUCUGUCCAACGCUUUCAUGCAUGCCGGAACCACUCACGACAAGUUCUUCCGUGACAACCUGGAGUGGCUUGGCAAGGCUGUCAACUGGUCCAAAUUCACAGCGACUGCUGCUCUGGGUGUCAUUCACCGUGGCAACUUGAGCCAGGGCCAGAAGCUUUUGCAGCCCUAUCUUCCUCGAGAGCAAAUCGCUGGUGUUGGAGGAGGCUCAGGCUCAGUUUACAGCCAGGGUGGUUCUUUGUACGCCUUCGGUCUGAUCUACGCCAACCACGGUGGCAUGGCGGUCGAUCUUAUCCGCGACCACUUCAAGAAGGCUACCGAAGAGGUCGUUCAGCAUGGUGGAGCUUUGGGUCUGGGUGUUGCUGGUAUGGCCACCGGUGACGAGGGUAUCUACGAAGAUCUCCGCAACGUUCUGUACACGGAUUCUGCUCUGAACGGUGAGGCCGUCGGUCUUUCAAUGGGUCUUGUCAUGUUGGGCACUGGCAACAUGAAGGCGCUGGAAGACAUGAUCCAGUACGCCCACGACACUCAGCACGAGAAGAUUGUGCGGGGUCUGGCUAUGGGUAUGGCCUUGAUCAUGUACGGACGCCAGGAGGCUGCCGAUGAGCUGAUCAACGGUCUCCUCGGUGAUCCUGACCCAACUCUCCGCUACGGUGGUAUCAUGGCUAUUGCCCUAGCCUACUGUGGCAGUGGCAGCAACAAGGCGGUCCGCAAACUUCUUCACGUUGCCGUUAGUGAUGUCAACGAUGAUGUUCGCCGCAUUGCUGUUCUUAGUUUGGGUUUCAUUCUGUUCCGCAAGCACCAGAGCGUUCCUCGCAUGGUGGAGUUGCUGUCGGAAUCCUACAACCCUCACGUCCGUUACGGUGCCGCCAUGGCCCUGGGUAUCUCCUGCGCCGGAACUGGUCUGGACGAGGCUAUUGAUCUCCUGGAGCCUAUGCUCAAGGACUCAACAGACUUUGUUCGGCAGGGUGCUUUGAUCGCCCUGGCCAUGGUUCUUGCCCAGCAGAAUGAGGCGAUGAACCCCCGUGUGACUAGCCUGCGCAAGGCCAUGAUGAAGAUGCUUGGUGACCGUCACGAGGAUGCCAUGGCCAAGUUCGGCUGUGCCGUCGCUCUGGGUAUCAUCGAUGCCGGUGGUCGCAACUGCACCAUCAGCCUGCAGACUCAGACCGGCAACUUGAACAUGCCCGGUAUCGUUGGUGCUGCCGUCUUCGUCCAGUACUGGUACUGGUUCCCUCUCACUCACUUCCUUUCCCUCAGCUUUGCGCCCACAUCUGUGAUUGGUGUGGACCAGAAGCUGGAGGUUCCGGAGUUCAAGUUCCACAGCAACACACGCCCCAGCCUGUUUGACUACCCACCUGAGCAGCAAGUGAAGACAGAGGAGACGCCGGAGAAGGUCAAGACCGCAGUACUUUCAACAACAGCUCAAGCCAAGCGCCGUGCUCAAAGACGAGAGAAGCAAGCCCGCCGUGAGAGCAUGGACAUCGACCAAACGCCAACCACUCCCAAGGUUUCCGACCAACUACCAGAGAAGAUGGAGACUGAUGAGGCACCCAAGGCCGAAGGAGAUGAAGGCAAGGAGGAAGAGAAGGGUGCUGGUGAAGGGCAGAAGAAGAAGUUGGAGCGGGAGAAGGUUGGCUAUGAGCUGGACAACAUGUCCCGCGUACUACCAGCCCAACUCAAGUACCUCACAUUCCCCGACCCGCGGUACGAGCCGGUCAAGAGGCCCACCGGUGGCGUUGUCGUCGUUCUCGAUAAGCAACCCGACGAACCCCGCGAAGUUGUCGAACUCAAGGCCAGCAAGGAGACCCGCCAACCGGCUCACCCAACGGAAACACUCCAAGACCGCCUGCAAGCGGCUAUCGGAACUGCAGCUCUCCAGACCCCUCAACGGGCCGACGCGCGCGCAGCCCUGGCCGGUUUGACCGGCGCUGGUGGUGCCUCUGCCGCUGCCGGUGUUCUGACCGCUGUGGAUGAGGAUGAGGAGGGCGUCGAGGAUGCGCCGGUUCCAGACGAGUUCACGUAUGAGUCGGAGGAGGAAGAGUAA